AUGCAACCACCCAAAUUUCUUCACUCUCCCCUCUCCCAUCACUCAAAACCCGAUGCAACCACCCAAAUUUCUUCACUCUCCCCUCUCCCCAUCAUCAAAACCGAUGCAACCACCCAAAUUUCUUCACUCUCCCUCUCCCAUCACUCAAAAACCCGAUGCAACCACCCCAAAUUUCUUCACUCCCACUCUCCCCACUCAAAAACCGAUGCAACCACCCAAAUUUCUUCACUCUCCCCUCUCCCAUCACUCAAAACCCGAUGCAACCACCCAAAUUUCUUCAGAGCACAUAUCCAGCACACUCUCUCCCACUCAAAACCCGAUGCAACCACCCAAAUUUCUUCACUCUCCCCUCUCCCAUCACUCAAAACCCGAUGCAACCACCCAAAUUUCUUCAGAGCACAUAUCCAGCACACUCUCUCCCACUCAAAACCCGAUGCAACCACCCAAAUUUCUUCACUCUCCCCUCUCCCAUCACUCAAAACCCGAUGCAACCACCCAAAUUUCUUCAGAGCACAUAUCCAGCACACUCUCUCCCACUCAAAAACCGAUGCAACCACCCAAAUUUCUUCACUCUCCCCUCUCCCAUCACUCAAAACCCGAUGCAACCACCCAAAUUUCUUCAGAGCACUCCAGCCCACUCUCUCCAUCACUCAAAAACCGAUGCAACCACCCAAAUUUCUUCACAUCUCCCACUCUCCAUCACUCAAAACCGAUGCCAACCACCCAAAUUCUUCACUCUCCCCUCUCCCAUCACUCAAAACCCGAUGCAACCACCCAAAUUUCUUCAGAGCACAUAUCCAGCACACUCUCUCCCACUCAAAAACCGAUGCAACCACCCAAAUUUCUUCACUCUCCCCUCUCCCAUCACUCAAAACCCGAUGCAACCACCCAAAUUUCUUCACUAUCCCACUCUCUCCCACUCAAAACCGAUGCAACCACCCAAAUUCUUCACUAUCCCCUCUCCCACUCAAAACCCGAUGCAACCACCCAAAUUUCUUCACUCUCCCCUCUCCCAUCACUCAAAACCCGAUGCAACCACCCAAAUUUCUUCAGAGCACAUAUCCAGCACACUCUCUCCCACUCAAAAACCGAUGCAACCACCCAAAUUUCUUCACUCUCCCUCUCCCAUCACUCAAAACCCGAUGCAACCACCCAAAUUUCUUCAGAGCACAUAUCCAGCACACUCUCCCAUCACUCAAAACCCGAUGCAACCACCCAAAUUUCUUCACUCUCCCCUCUCCCAUCACUCAAAACCCGAUGCAACCACCCAAAUUUCUUCAGAGCACAUAUCCAGCACACUCUCUCCCACUCAAAACCCGAUGCAACCACCCAAAUUUCUUCAGAGCACAUAUCCAGCACACUCUCUCCCACUCAAAACCCGAUGCAACCACCCAAAUUUCUUCACUCUCCCCUCUCCCAUCACUCAAAACCCGAUGCAACCACCCAAAUUUCUUCAGAGCACAUAUCCAGCACACUCUCUCCCACUCAAAACCCGAUGCAACCACCCAAAUUUCUUCAGAGCACAUAUCCAGCACACUCUCUCCCACUCAAAACCCGAUGCAACCACCCAAAUUUCUUCAGAGCACAUAUCCAGCACACUCUCUCCCACUCAAAAACCGAUGCAACCACCCAAAUUUCUUCAGAGCACAUAUCCAGCACACUCCCCUCUCCCACUCAAAACCCGAUGCAACCACCCAAAUUUCUUCAGAGCACAUAUCCAGCACACUCUCUCCCACUCAAAACCCGAUGCAACCACCCAAAUUUCUUCACUCUCCCCUCUCCCAUCACUCAAAAACCGAUUGCAAACCACCCAAAUUUCUUCACUCUCCCUCUCCCAUCACUCAAAAAACCCGAUGCAACCACCCAAAUUUCAAUCACAUCUCCCCUCUCCCAUUCACUCAAAAACCAGAUUGCCAACACCCAAAUUUCUUCACUCUCCCCUCUCCAUCACUCAAAAACGAUGCAACCACCCAAAAUUUCUCAUCACUCAUCCCUCUCCCAUCACUCAAAACCCGAUGCAACCACCAAAUUUCUUCACUCUCCCCUCUCCCAUCACUCAAAACCGAUGCAACCACCCAAAAUUUCUUCACCUCUCACCUCUCCCAUCACUCAAAACCCGAUGCAAACCACCCAAAUUUCUUCACUCUCCCACUCCCCACUCACCAAACCCGAUGCAAACCACCUCAAAUUUUCUCACUCUCCCCUCUCCCAUCACAUCAAAAACCGAUGCAACCACCCAAAUUUCUUCACCUCUCCCCUCUCCCAUCACUCAAAACCCGAAUGCAACCACCCAAAUUUCUUCACUCUCCCCUCUCCCAUCAGCUCUCAAACCGAUGCAACCACACCAAAUUUCUUCACUCUCCCCUCUCCAUCACUCAAAACCCGAUGCAACCACCCCAAAUUCUUCACUCUCCCCUCUCCCAUCACUCAAAAACCGAUUGCAACCACCACAAAUUUCUUCACUCUCCCCUCUCCCAUCACUCAAAAACGAUGCAACCACCCAAUUUCUUCAAUCUCCCCUCUCCCAUCACUCAAAAACCCGAUGCAACCACCAAAUUCUUCACUCUCCCUCUCCAUCACUCAAACAACGAUGCAACCACCCAAAUUUCUUCACUCUCCCCUCUCCCAUAUACCAAAACCCGAUGCAACCACCAAAUUUCUUCACUCUCCCCUUCCCAUCACUCAAAAACCCGAUGCAACCACCCAAAUUUCUUCACUCCUCCCCUCUCCAUCACUCAAACCGAUGCAACCACCCAAAUUCUUUCACUUCCCCUCUCCCAUCACUCAAAAACCGAUGCAACCACCCAAAUUUCUUCACUCUCCGCCUCUCCCAUCACUCAAAAACUGCGAUGCAACCACCCAAAAUUUCUUCACUCUCCCCUCUCCCAUCACUCAAAACCCGAUGCAACCACCCAAAUUUCUUCACUCUCCCCUCUCCCAUCACUCAAAACCGAAUAA